CCAUCAGUGCCGCUCGCAAGCCUAAAGAAGCGUAAACCCCAAACGCCAAAGCGUCCCCCCUUAAACCCUCGCGCGCAGGAGCUCUCCGCCAAGAAUCCCCACCGCCAUGGCGACGGCAGAGGGGGUGUCGGAGUUCGUCGAGUCGGUGAGGUUCGGUUUCCUGACGGACGAGGAGGUGAGGAAGCAGAGCUGCGUGAAGGUCACCAACACGGUCUUGCUCGACAAUGUGGAGAGGCCGGUGGCCGCCGGGCUCUAUGAUCCGGCGAUGGGGACGCUGAACGACACAACGGCUUGUAAAUCCUGUGGCCAGCGGUCGUUCAAUUGCCCCGGUCAUUGCGGUCAUAUCGACCUAGUUUCUCCGGUCUAUAACCCACCUUUCAAUACGCUCUAUAAUCUUCUGAAAAGGACUUGCUUCUUUUGCUUCCACUUCCGGGAAAGUAGGAGCCAGGUAAUUCGUCGAUGCAUGUUUUCCAAAUUGGAACUCAUUGCAAAAGGCAAUGUUGCUGGUGCAAAAGAACUGGAUUCCAAGUGGGCUACCAAUUCUUCACUGCGAGAGGCUAGUAAUGGGGGUGACGUAUCAUGUUCGACUGUGAGAUCUGAUUCGCAGCAUGACAGUCCUGUGAAUCAGAAGCAAGGAGAAUGGACCUCACUUCAGUUCAAUGAAGCAAUGUCAGUUUUGAAUAAGUUUUUGAAGCCAACGUAUAAGGAGUGUAAGAACUGCAAAGCUAAAAAUCCCAAGAUCAGUAAACCUACUUUUGGCUGGUUCCACAUGAGUGGCAUGACUGGAGCUCAAACCAGAGGAAACAUUAUUAGAGGGAACAAGAUGGAUGGGCCAUUUCUUGAUGGAGAUGGCGAGAUGGAAAGUCUUGAAGGUGCCUUCCUCCAAGAUGAUGGUGGAAAUGAAGCUGAAACUCAAUCGUCCACUUUUGCAUCUCCCGACAGUAUUGGCAUUGCCAAAAAAGGGCAGAAAAAAAGAAAGGGCCAAAGUUUGUCUGAUGAGUAUAUUAAGCAGAAGAAUUUUUUCUCAGGACCUUUAUUACCAUCAGAGGUUAAAGAAAUUAUGAAACUUUUGUGGGAGAAUGAAGCACCAUUAUGCUCAUUUAUCAGUGACAUACAGCAGCAGGGUUCUGGGAAUAGUGCAACUCACUCUAUGUUUUUCUUGGGGACUGUUCUUGUACCUCCAAUAAAAUUUCGUCCACCGUCUAAGGGAGGUGAUUCAGUGAUGGAACAUCCACAUACAGUUCUAUUGGCGAAGGUAUUGCAGGCCAACAUCUCCUUAGGGAAUGCUCAUCAGUCAAAUCGCGCAACCAUCAUUAGCCGAUGGAUGGACCUUCAACAAUCAAUAAAUCUUCUUUUUGAUAGCAAAACUGCUACAGGUCAAGGUCGAAGAGAUGUGGCUUCAGGUAUAUGUCAGUUGCUGGAGAAAAAGGAAGGCAUGUUCCGGCAGAAUAUGAUGGGCAAGAGAGUUAAUUAUGCUUGUCGAUCUGUCAUAUCUCCUGAUCCUUACUUAGCAGUUAAUGAAAUCGGUAUUCCCCCUUAUUUUGCAUUGAGAUUGACAUACCCAGAGAGAGUGACUCCUUGGAAUACUGUUAGUUUGCGGAAAGCUAUUAUCAAUGGCGCAGAUACUCAUCCAGGAGCAACACACUACAUUGACAAGUUAUCUACUCUUAAACUACCACCAGCUAGAAAAGGUCGAAUUUCGAUCUCAAGGAGAUUACCUUCAUCGAGAGGGGUUGUCACACAAGCUGGGAGGAGUUCGGAUAAUGAGGUUGAAGGUAAAAUCGUAUAUCGCCACUUGAGAGAUGGAGAUAUCGUUCUGGUCAAUAGACAGCCUACACUUCACAAGCCUAGUAUAAUGGCACAUGUUGUUCGUGUAUUGAAGGGGGAGAAAACACUUCGGAUGCAUUAUGCAAAUUGCAGUACAUACAAUGCUGACUUUGAUGGUGAUGAAAUGAAUGUCCAUUUUCCACAAGAUGAUAUUUCACGUGCUGAAGCUUACAACAUUGUGAAUGCAAACAAUCAAUAUGUUAAACCAACCAAUGGGUCUCCUAUUAGAGCAUUGAUCCAGGAUCACAUAGUCAGUGCUGCAAUUCUUACAAAGAAGGAUACAUUUUUGAAUUACGAUGAAUUCAAUCACCUCCUUUAUAGUUCAGGAGUUUCUACAGCUGGAUCAGGUUCUUUCAGGAAACUUGGGAAAAAGGUGGCGAUUAAUUUUGAAGACAAUUUGCUCUGUCCUGUGCCUGCCAUUUGGAAACCAGAACCUCUCUGGACAGGAAAACAGUUGAUUGCUGCAGUUCUAGAUCAUUUAACUAGAGGUUACCCGCCAUUUACUGUGGAAAAGCAGGGGAAGAUACCAUCUGACUUUUUUAAAAGAAAACUUAAACAUAAACCCAGUAAGAGAAAGGGUACUAACAAGGAUAAACUGAGGGAACAGGACAAAAUAGAAAGAAAUGAAGAGCCUGGUGAAGAUACUGUGUUGAUAUUCAAAAACUACCUAAUCUGUGGAGUCAUCGAUAAGGCUCAAUUUGGUGACUACGGUCUAGUUCAUACAUUUCAGGAGCUUUAUGGCUCAAAUGCUGCAGGAAUUUUGCUAUCUGCAUUUAGUCGGUUAUUUACAGCUUUUCUUCAGCUGCAUGGUUUCACAUGUGGAGUGGAUGAUCUUUUGCUGAGUAAAGAUAUUGAUGAAAAAAGACAACAACAACUUGAAGAAUGUGAAAAUUGUGGAGAGGAAGUACACUGCGAGGUUGUUGGGGUUAAUGAUUUCAUAGACCCAGCAGAACUUCAAUUGAAAAUUGAAGAAGUAAUACGCAGCAAUGGAGAUUCAGCCCUCACCAAUCUAGAUAGGAGGAUGAUUAGUAGGCUAAAUGAGUUGAGUAGUAAAAAGAUUGAGAAGAAUUUGCUGUCUGAAGGGUUAUUCAAGCCCACUGGAAAGAACUGCAUUUCACUGAUGACUACAUCUGGGGCCAAAGGGGGUACUGCGAAUUUCCAGCAAAUAUCUUCUCAUUUGGGUCAACAGGAGCUAGAAGGCAGACGAGUCCCUAGAAUGGUCUCUGGAAAGACUUUGCCCUGCUUUCCUCCUUGGGAUUGGGCAUCUCGGGCUGGAGGCUUUAUAAUUGAUCGAUUUCUUACUGGUCUGCGACCCCAAGAAUAUUACUUCCAUUGUAUGGCUGGCCGAGAAGGGUUAGUUGAUACAGCAGUCAAAACAUCUCGCAGUGGGUAUCUGCAGAGAUGCUUGGUAAAAAAUCUCGAAUGCCUAAAAGUUUCUUAUGAUCAUACCGUCCGAGAUGCAGAUGGGUCCAUCGUGCAAUUUUAUUAUGGAGAAGAUGGCAUUGAUGUCCAUAAAACAAGCUUUGUGGCGAAAUUUGAUGCCCUGUUGGCUAAUCAUGACAUUAUGAAGGCGAAGUAUUCCACUGAGCUUCGCAAAUCUAAUAGCUAUAUCACAGAUUUGCCAGAAGCUCUAAAGGACAAAGCAAAUAAAUUCAUUUGUGAUAGGAAUCUUUCAGUUCCUAGAUUAGCAAGGAAUGAGAUAUUAAAGCCAGAAGACUUUGUGAAGUCAGUGGAACAAAAAUAUUUCUCAAGUCUUGCACAGCCUGGAGAACCAGUUGGCAUAGUAGCUGCUCAGUCUGUUGGAGAACCAUCAACACAGAUGACAUUGAACACUUUCCAUCAUGCUGGUCGAGGAGAAAUGAAUGUGACACUUGGAAUUCCACGCCUACAGGAAAUAUUGAUGACCGCGUCCACUGAUAUUAAGACUCCAAUUAUGACCUGCCCUUUAUGGAGAGGGAGGUCAAAGCAGGAUGCCAAUUCUCUUGCUGAAAAAUUAAAGAAAAUCACUGUGGCCGAAAUGAUUGAAAGUAUGGAAGUUGCGGUUGUGCCAUUUGCAGUGAAUAAUCACCAGGUCUGCAGCAUAUAUAAGCUGAAAAUGAAGCUUAAGAGGCCUAAAGUCUUUUCAGUAAAACACUGUGAAGAGAUCUUAGAAGUUGUAUACCUUAGGGAGUUGGAAGAUGCAAUGCAGAAUCAUCUUCUUUUGCUCUCCAAAAUCAGUGGGAUAAAGAAUUUUACAUCAGAUUCAAGACCCAAGACAUCAAGCGAGACUGAUGAAGAUGCAUCUGGUUUGGCUUCACAGCAUGCUGAGGAGAGGACCGUAGAUGACGAUGCUGAUGAUGGUGAUGAUGAUGGCAAUGACAAUGAUGAUCUUGGUUUUGAUGGGCAAAAACGUAAAAGACAAGCUACAGAUGAAAUGGAGUAUGAGGAUGGUUAUGAAGAGGAGCGGAAUGAACCGGAGCUGUCUGCUGGAUUAGAAAGUGAUGGUGAUCAGGCUAAUGAUGUUGAUAUUGGUGAAGAUGGUGAUGGACCGCCUGGGAUAGCACCAGAGAUUGUGAGCCCUUCUAAAACAAAGAAAAGUAAGAAAAAUGCAAAGUCGGAUGAUGAAGGAAAGAAGAUCAGAACAAAAGUGAUCAAGGAAUUUGACAGAGCAAUUUUUGUGGCAGCAAAUGGAUUGGACUUCGAGGUCCAUUUCAGAUUUACUAAUGAACCUCAUGUUUUGCUGGCCCAGAUUGCUCAGAAAGUGGCCAAAAAGGUGUACCUCAGGAGCUCUGGCAAGAUCGAAUCUUGUCAAGUGAUUACUUGCAAAGAGAACCAAGUGAUCUACUAUGGGGAAGAUCCCAAAAGAAGACAGAAAAUUGAGGCCAAGGAUAAAGAAGCAAUUCCGGCAAUUAAUACAAACGGAGCGGAUUUUUGUGCGUUGUGGCAAAUGCAAGAUCAGCUGGACAUUAGAUAUAUAUAUUCGAAUGAUAUCCACGCGAUGCUCACUACAUAUGGGGUGGAAGCUGCCAGAGAAACCAUCAUACGGGAGGUGCAGAAUGUCUUCGGUUCAUAUGGAAUAUCUGUGGAUAUGCGUCACCUCACCUUGAUUGCAGACUUCAUGACCCACGCAGGUGGGUAUCGUCCAAUGAACAGACUUGGUGGUAUAGCAGAGUCCAUAUCACCUUUCAGUAAGAUGUCCUUUGAGACAGCUUCCAAGUUCAUUGUCGAUGCAGCAUAUCAUGGGGUGGUUGACAACUUGGAGACCCCAUCCGCUCGGAUAUGCCUCGGGCUACCUAUGAAGAUGGGUACUGGUUCUUUUGAUUUACUACAGAAAAUUGAGUUAUGAGGCGCAUGAUUUGAUAGGAAACUACAAUGAAAUGGCUAUGGAGUUGUUAAUGUAUAGAGAGUACUGAGGUGGGCAAUUUUGUCUGGACUGCUCGCCCUGUUUUUAUCAGAUGUUGAAGGUCCAUGUUAACAUUAUUGUUGAUUGUUUCUCAUUCAUUGUGAUAAGUGCAUAUCAGUUUAGUGCAUAUUCUUGAACUUUGAUAUCCUUUAUGACAAAAUCGACUUGUUAUCAUUCAA